CACAAGUAACCACAGGCAACCAGCUACCAAUGUGCUUUAGUCCAGCCCCCUGAUAUAUAAGGGGCUGUAGUCUCCACACUAGGUAUCUUAGUUCCUGCUCUCUUCCUGGACAUUAAAGCAAGCACCAGUCCGGUAUAAGUUCAGUCCAGUACAGCUAGGCCAAAGCCUACAAGUCGGCAGUCACAUCUAAUCUACAUGCAGAUAAGGAAGAGAAACAAGGAAACUGACAUGCCGCGGUAGAUAAACGCAAGACGGGCAUUGAAGCAAACACAAGAUAUAUUGUCCUGUAAGUUUUGGAAUCAGAAAUCUUAGCAGGGGAAAGGGAGACAUUUUUGGAUCUCUGUGGAUUACCAUGAGCAGUGGAGAAGUAAAUAUUUUGUCUCCUCUUAACAGAACAGGUGCAAAUGAAGGAGCAAGUAAUACAGCACAGCCAUCUGUAUCAUCACAGCCGGUUACCUCCACCGCUAGGACUGCUAACACUCAACCUUCCGGACUUAGUAGUGCUCCACCAGGACCAACUCGUGUCCCGGCUGUUGCUAAUCGUGUUCCCCCAGGACCCACUCGUGUUCCAGCACCUGCUAACAGACCACCAGGACCAGCCCGACCUCCUGCCUCUAGGCCUGUAGGACCCACUAGAACGCCAGGCCCUGUUCGAGGAACCCCAAGACCUAAUACAAGACCCGGAACUACUCCUUUAGCUUACAAGAUCAGAAGAGUUUCAGCACUUAGAAGAUAUUGUGUCCCAGUCACAACUGUGAUUCUCAUAUUAGCUUCGUUGGCGGUCAUAGGUAUACUGAUUAAGGUGGUCCUGGAUAACUAUUACUUUUUCUGUACCAAAUCAUUCAAAUUUAUUCCCCUGGACAAAUGGUGUGAUGGAACACAGGACUGUAAUGGCAAUGAAGAUGAAUUGCGUUGUGUACAGCAUGUAGACUACAGCAACCGCUCAAUUGUCAGGCUUACAGAAUCCCGCUCCCUUGUACAGCUAUCCUCCUCUGGAACCUGGUACUACGUUUGUUUCGAUGGUUUUGAUGCUACAAGAGCUAAAGCUGUUUGCGCCCAACUGGGAUAUUCUAGCAAUCCUACAUUCACCUUUGUAAGUGCAACAAAUGGGCCAUUCAGCACUAUUUACCUUGAUGGCAGCGGAGGUUUUACAGUGACUCCUACUAAUGGGGCAUGUUCAUCUGGCAACAUUGUAUCUCUGAGCUGUAUAACCUGUGGUGCUAAUCACAAUAAAGAACGAAUUAUUGGAGGACAAGACACCAGUAUAGAGAGUUCGGCAUGGCAGGUCAGCUUGCAAUACAUGGGACAGCAUUCAUGUGGAGGAAGUAUCCUUACCCCCCGUAUUAUCUUAAGUGCGGCUCAUUGUUUCCAAAAGAAUGAGCAGCAGGUGGAUAGAUGGCGUGUUCAGGCCGGCCGGUCCAGUCUUUCCUAUGUCUUUGCAUCACAAGUGGAUAAGAUCUUCGUUCCUACCCUUUACAGUUUGGAUGGAAAGUUAUAUGACAUUGCUAUACUGAAACUGAAGAGUGAUCUGACCUUAUCAGACUCAAUACAACCAGUCUGUCUUCCGGGGUUUGAUAUCAACUUGCCAAAUAAUACACCGUUGACUGUGACCGGCUGGGGCCACACCGUGGAAGGAGGCUCUUCUUUGGCCUCCACACUUCAGAAAGUAUCCAUCAACUUAGUCUCCAAUGAUAUAUGUAAUCAAGAAUACUUUAAUCAAAUCCAAAAUACCAUGAUGUGUGCUGGUCGACUCUCGGGUGGGGCUGACACGUGUCAGGGUGACAGUGGAGGCCCCUUGGUGUAUUUGGGUGAUAAAAGCUGGGAACAAGUUGGUGUUGUAAGCUGGGGUGACGGCUGUGGACGGCCUGGCAAAGUUGGAGUGUAUACUAAAGUCUCAUCAUUUUUAUCAUGGAUAUAUAGUAUAAUGCAGGCGGAAUUAUAGUCCCUUUGGCAUAUCUACUGAACCUUUCCUAUUUAUUACUUCUACCUCCUAAGGACCUAAUGAAGAUUAUGGGUCGAGAACAUGAUAUAUGACUACUACGUUAGUCUCUUGGAGACAGCCCUUUAUACCCAGCACUAUACUCUGCAGGUCCAGAGCAUGCGGAUUUUUCAAAACUCUUCAACUUUAAAAACCCUGAACGGCUUUAUGUACAAGCAUUAUGUGCUGCAAAGUAUCCCCCAUGGGCAGUAUCAGCACUCAUAGCUAUGAUGUAUGUAUCAUACGGAUAUCCUCUCAGGCUAAUAUAAGGGGCAUAAAUAGGCUUGCCUUAUUUUAUACUGACCCAUAGCCUUUUCCUGAGAUACUGUGAACCCAUAUGAGGGCCUAUUUUUUAUUUUCACUAUGAUACUCCCUCUCCUCUUUGUAUUAGUGGGAAAUACAUGAGAGUUCAUAAAAACUCUGUAUUUUAACUAAUGUUACCCCACAGUGGGGUCACUUGAGGUUUAUCAUUCAGAGCUGCAUUGUAGCACCCUACAAAGCAAUCUCUUUUUAUUUUUUAGGGAAUGAACUGUACUCUGCAGGUGUCUUCUAUGCAAUGGAUUACCUGAAAAACAGGGUAGAUCUCAGUCUCAGCACAUUGUAUAAUUGUACUUGUUUAUACUACUUUUGUUUAAUUGGUGUAUGCACUUAAUGUAUUUAGGAGCCAGGUGAACUGUAUAUAAUAUUUUAGUGCCAAUUAAAUGUUGUAAAUAACUUUUAUGUGUGUUUAAUAAAAUGUACCACCAUUACCUGAGCUCAUAUUUCAGUCCUCUCCAGUCCAGUCCUCGGCACUGUUUGUGUCUGCGCGGCUGAUGCAGUGAGGCACCCAUAUAUUAAGGUGACCACAGCAGUCCAUCAAUAU